AUGAUGGAGUUAUGCAAGAUGCAUUCAUUCUACAAGUACUCCCUGGAUGCCUUUGUGAUGGUCGUCACGCGCGCCAUCACCCUGGUAACCCUUCGCAAGGUGAAGGAGAAGCGGAUACCGACCACAGAGCAGAUGGACGUCGAAGGAGACUUGAAAGAGGACGGGUUGCAGGAGCAGGUCAGCCAGGACGAUGCAGGUGCUGACGCUGUCGCAAAGUCAGAAGAAGAGGAGGAGGAAGAGGAGAUUGUGGAGCUCACAGGGCAGGAGCUCACGAAUCGAGUGAAGCAGUUGGAGGGUGUCGUGACAUUCGCCGUCUUCGCCUACUUGCGGCGUGGACUGUUGGAUGCGGACAAGCUCACGGUGGCCUCGAUGCUGGCGUUGAAGAUCUUGGUGCGGUCUGGAGAAGUACAUCCGGAAGAGCUGAACAUUCUUAUACGAGCUCCUGUCGACCCCCUGGCGUCGCCUAUGCCGGACACAACCAGAAGCUGGCUCACAGAGCAUCAGUGGGCGCAACUGAAGACUCUGGAGCAGAUCAGCGUUUUCAAGACUGGUUCCAACGCCCUCACGAGCACCCUGGAGCAGGACUCCCUCGGCUGGAAGCGCUGGUUCGCGGAGGAGAAAGCUGAGGCUGCAGACUUGCCUCGAGCCUGCCGCGAGCUUUCUGCGUUCCAUCGCUUGUUCCUGCUCCGCGUGCUGCGGCCGGACCGCAUAGGUUCUGCGUUGACACACUUUGUGCAGGCCAACUUGGGUCAAGAGUUUGUGGAGCAGAGUCCCUUUGACAUGAACCAAGUCUACGAGGAGUCGACGUGCCUCACCCCCAUCUUCUUCGUCCUCUUCCCUGGGACAGAUCCGACCCCAGUCAUCGAAGCAACAGCCGCUGAGUUGGGCUUGACGCAGGCUGCUGGAAGCCUCCAUAACAUCUCCAUGGGCCAGGGGCAAGAGAACGUUGCUAUCAAUGCCAUCAACAAAUGCGCACGCGAUGGGCACUGGGUGGUGUUGCAAAACAUCCAUCUCAUGCAGGAAUGGCUGAAGCAGCUGGAACGGUCGCUGGAGUUGAUAGAGGAGUUUGUCCAUCCGAACUUCCGGUGCAUCCUCACCUCAGAGCCUCCCAGCGCAUUGCAGGGACCGCUUUGGCCACUACUGCCCGAGGCGAUUCUGCAGAAAUGCAUCAAGAUCGCGGACGAGGCACCGACUGACCUGAAGUCGAACCUGCGGCGCUCGUACGCAAAGUUCUCACAGGACCAGGUUGAUGCCUGUCAUAAGCCCCGCGAGUACAAGGCAACACUCUUCGCGCUUUGCUUCUUUCACGCCCUUGUCUUGGGCAGGAUCAAGUUUGGACCACAGGGAUGGUCAAAGAAGUAUCCCUUCAACGACGGAGAUCUCACGAUCUGCGCCCAGGUGCUGUGUAAUUACCUCAACAACUCUGAGAAGAUCGGCAGCGAAGUUCCCUGGCCUGACAUCAGAUAUAUCUUCGGAGAGAUCAUGUAUGGUGGCCAUAUCACAGAUCAAUGGGAUCGACGAGUCUGCAACACGUACCUCGUGACCCUGGUGAUUCCAGAGCUGCUCAGCAACAUGUCCUUGGCACCGGGACUGAAGUCUCCAGACGCCUCAAAGAUGGAGUACGCCUCGUACCAGAAAUACAUCGAGGAGCGCUUCCCGGCAGAGAUGCCGCAGCUCUUCGGUUUGCAUCCCAACGCCGAGAUUGGCUUCCUCACGAGUCAGGGUAUCAACAUUUUCAAGACUGUUCAAAUGGUUUCUGGAGCGGACAGCGGCGCAGCAACCGUGGACCUCUUGGCCUGCAUACCCCUGAUUGCCAAGUACAAAGACGAGCUUCCUCCAGACUUAGACAUGCCGGAGAUACGGGGCAGGCUGCGGGAGGAGGACUAUACGCCAUAUGUGAUCACUUCUCUGCAGGAGAGUGACCGCAUGAACGUCCUUGUCGGGAUGAUCAGAAAUUCUUUAACAGAGCUCGAGCUCGGCAUCAGUGGCGCUCUGAACAUCACCGAAGGGAUGGAAGCUCUCUCUACGUCCCUGCAGCUUAACCGUGUGAAUGACAGCUGGCAGAAGUUGGCUUAUCCCUCCCUGAAGCCGCUGUCUGGCUGGUUUGCAGAUCUACUCAGCCGAAUGGAGCAGCUUGUGGAAUGGACCAACGAGAGAUCAGGCCUUCUCAAGUCGAUUUGGAUCUCGGGGCUCUUCAACCCUAUGGCGUUCCUGACAGCGGUCAUGCAGGUAACGGCCAGAAACAAGCAGCUUCCGCUGGACUACAUGACCAACAGAGCAACCAUCCUCAACAUUCUGGACUCCACCGACAUCGUCGGCUUGCCAGUGAAUGGUGUCCACAUACAUGGGCUCUUCCUGGAGGGGGCCAGUUGGGAGGAAGGCAAGGGCGACGAUGAGGGCUAUAUCUCUGACAGCAAGAUGAAAGAGCUUCAUCCGGAGAUGCCAGUGAUCAACAUCUUCUCGGUCCACAUCAAUGAAAUGAGCUGGGACAACAUGUACCACUGCCCGGUCUUCAUCACUCCCGAGCGCGGAGCAACAUACGUAACGCAGGUUAAUGUGCGAAUGGAUCCUGAUGAUGACGAGAAGCGCUGGAUUCUUGCCGGGGCCGCACUCGUCAUGACAGACGACUGA